CGAAAACACAACAACUUAACUACAAUCCCCGUCCAGGCACCGCUCGACGAGCGCGUCGCCGGCCGCGCGGCCCCCGUCGUACGUCACCUCGCGCCACGGCUCGACGAGCGCCACGUCCGCCGGAGUCAUCGCCGACCGGCGGAGCACCUUCGCCUGUCGCUCCUUGCACGGCCGGCCUCUGCGGUCGCGGUCGACGGCCUCGCUGCGCAGACUCGUGAGGAGACCACCAAUCAAAGCAUCGUCUCCCUGGAGCACGAGCGCUGCGCCCUCGCGGCGGCCGGGAACCACGGCCGUCGGCGCCAGGCGCGAAAACAAAACGGCUCGCAGGCCGCCCGCCCAUCGUUUCAGGCGCUCGGCGUACGGUCGCGCGUCGUUCAUGUGGUCAAUCACAAUAACACAGUACAUCGGCGGCGCCGUGGGCUCGCUGACGACAGAGGCGGACUCGGUGGCCGCCGCGUAGCAGGGCCCCGCUUCCUGCAGCACCGCGAGAACGCACUCCUCAUUGUCGCAAAAGGAGCUCAGCCGGCUCGCGACGUCCUCGCGCACCGAUCGCGGCAAUUGUGCCGCGUCGACGUCCACGAUCGGCGCUGCGCGGCCCGGGUAGCCGUCGGGCAGAACAACAUUCACAACAAGGCCGUCGACGCGCACGGAGAUGCUGUUCUCGGAACGCGAGCACACGUCAUCCCCGUAGAUCGCUGCGAUGGCGUCCAGCUCGGCUGCUCGGCGCUCCUGCGCUUCAGCGUGCUCUGCCAUCCGUAGUGUUGCGUGGAUUCGCUGCGAUGGCAAUAAUGCUAGGCCAUAAUGCGCCGGGCUGACAAGCCCUGCGACGGCGAGGUCAGCAUUUUGGCCAGCUAGACAUACUCAGCAAAACCCCCUCUCAGCCUGAUCACAUGAGACGUCGACACGCUCCGGCUAUAGUCAUCAUCUGCGCAGUGCAAGCGCGCUCUCCAGCACGCCAUCGACCCUGCUCAUAGAUCCCAAGCGGAUUCUCAAUCGCUUCGGGCGAUCG